AUGGUGGGCACGCGCAGAGCGUCCACGUCGUCGUCGACGUCCGUCGCGCACGGCAAAGAUUUAAUCAAGCAAAUCCAGGCUGCGAUCGCGACGAACGAUCACGCCACGGCGCUGGAACGUUUGGACGAUUUCAAAGUGCACGCGGCGACGACGUUCGUAGGAAACGAAGAAGACGAGCUCCGGCUGAGGCGCGAGGCGGCGGAACACGGGGUCAUGAUCAGCGCGGCGACGCGAGACGAGGAGAGCUUUGAGCGACACGCCUCGCAGGCGAAAGCUGCUUACGACGCCUGCAAGCGCGCGCCUUGCAAGCAACCCAUCGAGCGUUCGCAAAAUGAGGCGCUCAUCGUCGGGUUAAACCUGUUGCGGUUGCUGGUUCAGAACCGCAUCGCCGAGUUUCACGCCGAGCUUGAGACGACGGACGACGACGUCUUGAAAGAUCAACGCGUGCAAGCGGUGUUGGAGCUCGAACAGUUUUUGAUGGAGGGGGCGUAUAACAAGAUUGCGCAGCGACAAAACGCGCUACCAGAUCCGAGCUACGAGUAUUUCAUGUCGAUGUUGAUGAACACGGUGCGAGACGAAAUUGCGAGUUGCGCCGAGAGCGCGUACGGCUCGCUUACGGGCGCAGAGGCGAUGAAAUUGUUAGGAUUCGCAAACGCUCAAGAGUUUGAAAAAUACGCAAACGCGCGUGACUGGACGAUGGACGCCAACGGAGGCGUGGUUUUCAACGAAGAAGUCGCGCCAGCGAGCGCCAGGGACAUCCCGGCGGCCGCUCUGAUAAAUCAAACGUUGCUCUACGCCAAGGAACUCGAGCGCAUCGUGUAG